GCGACAAAACCCCCGCAGCUUUACCCCAGCAUCAGAGCCAGCAGAAGUCAGAACAGGUAGAGAGGUGUAGAGACUGGGGAGGGAGAGGGAAGGGUUAAAGACAUUAUCGCAGCCAUUAGAGGGAAAAGUUGAAGCAAUGCAAGCACGGUAGACUUCUCUUUCCUCCCCUCCCCCCCCCCCCCCCCCCCCCCCUUUCUUUCCCCUACUCCUCUCUUCCCAAACUGGAUCAGUGUGUAGGGAGGGCAGUCAUCACGACAUCCUGAGCAGCAAGAGCUGACGCUGGGCGAAGCUGCCAGGUAGCUGAAAAAAGGCGCAGAAAGCAGCUGAUAUACCCACUUUUCAACGGUUUGUGUUUUUUUAGUCUGAGUCUGGACUUCAAGCAACACAGCGCCUGAGACAGCUCAUCUGAACCACACUGUGUUGCAAUACUCGCUCUUCUCAAGGAAAAAGACUCCAUCGAGUAGCAGAAUGCUGCCAGUGUCGCAGUUAGGGUUACAAUACAGAGCCUUUUUGUAACAUUAGAAAUUUCUUUUUGUUCAUACAUUUAGAGAUACGUACAUACACUCAUACAUCAGUUCUUUCUUUUUUUUGAGGGCACCUUUGUUUUUUUUUUUUACCCUGAUGUGACUUCUUCAUCUUGGAAUGAUGGGGAUUUUUCUGGCUUAUGUUGGAUUCAUUUUCUUUUCAGUUAUGUAUAUUCAGCAAGGAUUUUCUACCCAAGCAAAAUUCACAGAGUUUCCCCGAAAUGUCACAGCCACAGAAGGGCAGAACGUGGAGAUGUCUUGUGCUUUCCAAAGUGGCUCCACUUCAGUGUACCUCGAAAUCCAGUGGUGGUUUCUGCGGGCAGCUGAGGACCAAGAGGCUGGAGCUGAGGUGACAGGCACUCAGGUGGAGCUCCUGCCCGAGCGGGACCUGGACAGCGACGGCACGAAGAUCAGCACAGUGAAAGUACAAGGGAAUGACAUCUCCCACAAGCUGCAGAUUUCAAAAGUGAGGAAAAAGGAUGAAGGCUUGUAUGAGUGCAGGGUGACCGAUGCCAACUAUGGAGACCUUCAGGAAUACAAAGCCCAGGCAUUUCUCAAGGUCAAUGCUAAUAGCCACUCUCGACGAAUGCAAGCCUUUGAGGCAUCCCCAAUGUGGUUGCAAGACAUGAAACCUCGUAAAAACAUCUCAGCAGCUGUCCCAAGUAGCAUCCACAAUUCUGCCAAUCAGCGUGUGCGUGCCACCUCCAACCCCGAAGCAGCAGCCAAAAUCCCCAAACAAAGUCCACAAUCAGGUGCGAGGAUAGCUACAAGCCAUGGACUUUCUGUCCUGCUUCUUGUUUGUGGCUUUGUGAAGGGUGCUUUGCUUUAAUCUAAAAGUGCUGACUUUUUCCAAUAUCACUUUCUCUUCUUAAAGCAAAGAGCAAAUCGCCUGUAAAAUCCACGGAGCGGACAGCAAAGUUGACCCUAACCUCCAACCACCACUCUGCACCCAAUGUACUCUAAAUCUCUACACAAGGAGCACCUUCUUCAGGAAGUACAAACAAAAUUACUAAAUAAAAUAAAUAAAAUAAAAUAAAAUAAAUAUUAUAAAAAAAAGAAGAGGAUACCACAUGUUUUCUUGAUAUAUCUUAUUUUCUUUGGCGUAUCACUGAUAUUUUAUUUGAAGAGAACUGGUGUGAUGUAAUCAAACAUUUUGUAACAGCAAGACAUAGUUUCCUUUUCUUUCGGCAAGGAGAAGCCUCAUCCUUGACUUCUCAGGGGUUGGCCUGCGAGUCAUCAGUAUUACAGAAUUAACCAUGGAUGACAUUUGGUUUCCUACACUGAAAGAACCAUUCCAGCCUGGAAGCAAAAAGAGGCCAAAUAAUGAAACAAACCAUAGUGAUUUAACAUCGACCCAAAUAAAAUACAUGCAAACUUUUUCAAAAAGCCUUUUUUUUUCUUUUUUUUUUUUUUUUUGUCAUGAGAAAUAGGGAGGAGAAAAUUAAUUCCACAAAGCAGCUCAGCAGACUAGAGGAUGUUGUUUCUGGAAAACAAAUGAGGGUAUUUUUCUUUUGAGUUUUUUUUCUCUUUUUCUUUUUUCUCUUUUUAAUAUAUUAUUCUUUUUCCCCUGUGAGGUUUUUUUCCUGUCUUUUUGUUUGCUUCUUGUUCAAUGGUGGCAAUUACAGACUUAGGCCAACCCCUGAUGAUUGUGUGGAGGUUUAUAUAUAUACAUCUUUUUUUUGUGUGUGUGCGUUCUAUAUUUCAGUGUGUUUUCUCUAAUUUUGCAACUACUGUAUAUGCAAAACUAACUUAAAUUCUGUAAAUUGCUUACAGUCUGUGUGAUAUAACUUCAGAGUAGACAUACUUUGGUCCUCAUGCAAGCCAGUUUUUAAUAUUAUCUAUAUGUCGUGCCACCGAGAGACAUUUUAAUUUCUUUUUUUGACUAAACAUCACUUUUACUUUGUAAUUCAGUAAUGUGUGGAUUUUGUAAUACAUAUUCUUCACUUUGACUGGUUUGACUUCCUUCAGCCCUCUGUUUACUCUGUAAAUGCACAUUAAAAUUUGUUAUGGUCUCUAGACAACAAAUUAUUUUAGUUUGUAUGUUGUGUUGGAGUUCAGAUGCUGAAAGCUCUUUUAACUUGUGAUGUUUAUAGAAGACGAAGUGAUUCAAUUACUAGAGACUGUAAAAUGCUGGUUUGCAGUCAAAUACUGCAUGUAAGGGAACGUUAGAAACAGAAAACAGUCAAAUAAACCAGAACAUGACUUUAAGGAGGUUCUUUUGGUAAAGAGUUAUAGGAAAGUGAAUUUAUUACACUGAUAAACUAUAUUCUCAUCACGGUUCGUCUACAUGGCCAAAGAAGCGUUUUUCUUUGCUUUUUCUGGAAGUGGAUUUUCAUUGCUCAUUGAUAUUCUUAAUUAAAAUAUUUUUUGUCUGUGAAAUGAACAUGAAAAUUUUGCUGUUGAAUGAUGUAAUAUGCGUUACAUGAAUUACAUUCAUUAAUGCAGGAAGGAAAAAUUGCUACCAUUUGCAGCUGCAAUCAGGAAGGUUUUUUUCUUGUUCCCUCUUUCCACUGAUGCUGAAAAAUUCACACCCUUUCAUUUAUCAGCACAGACAAUCACAUAUACCACAUGCUUAUUAUGAUCUAUUUACAGCAGCAUUAAGUAGUUGCAGUGUGGUCAGAUGUGUGAUUUCUCCUCACUUUGUAAGCAAUGUAGAAGGAAGCAAAAAACUAUGUUUAAUAUCUCACCAGUCUGUGGUCAACAAGCCUAGCAUUUUAUCUCAAAACUCUCAUAAGUCUGAAGUCUUCCUCCAUUACUUUCAAGGGAUAAAUACCAAUUAGGGGCAUAGAAUCAACACUUUGGAACACUGAUGGUUUGAAAAAGGAUAAUGUAUUUGUGCAGAUCUAAUUUCCCAUACAUUCUGUACUAUAAACUUAAUUGGGAAUAGUCAGUCUUUCUUUGAUUUUAGUCUAAGCAGUAAUAAAGAGAAAAGACAUUUGGUGUAAUACAGACAAAUCAGGAAUAACUGUCAGAGAAAAAGGAAAAAAAUUCUUCUAUAUUCACAUAAAAUUUAUGACCCACUUGGAAUAUUGUAUAUUGAAAAAGUUUUGCUCCAUAGUAAUAACAGCCUACUGAUAGAAAGAUUAAAAACAGUCCCCAUUUAAAUGUUCUUAAUCAAAACCAAUAUUGUGGAUCAGAGAGGAUGUAAAGGAAAGAAAAAGUCAAGAGUCAGAUCUUUUUGAAGUCUCACUUUCUGGACACACCUAUGGAACCAAACUUUCAGAACUCUGGAGAGAAAUCUACAUUUUCACCAUGAAAUGGAUGUCUGUGACUGGAUGAUAUGAGAACCUCCUGCCUGGAGCUAGGAAACUUCAGUUUCCAUUGGUCUUAACUGGAACCAAAUGCUUAAUGUCAUGUUUUUUUGUUGGUUUACUGUAUCCAUAUAACUUGUAUGACUAUUCCAUGUAUGCACAGUCAUAUAAACUACCCAGAGUGACAUAUGGCAUUUUGCAGAGCACUUUAGCCUCACAAUGUUAAAAGUUGUUACUAUGUUAAACUGAUAUUGUGUUUUGCUUUAUGCUGUUAGCUGCUUGGAUAUAAAUCACCAUGUACUAGGAAUUCAGAUUAAAGAACCAGCUGAAAUUAAAAGCAGAAUUCUA